AUGGAGCGCCGAGACACCAACUACCCGCUUUAUGAAGGACUUGAUAAGGAUGAAGAAAAACGGAAUGGUGUAAAGACACAGAUCUUUCUGACCGGAGAGGGAAGGAUGGAAAAUGACAGUGGUCAGGCCCAGGCUGGAGCCGCCGCAGCCGAAGGGGAAGGAGCAGAAGAAUUCAGUGGAGAAGGGCCCUCAGCUGCUGGUGCCUCAGGCCUCAUGGAUAACUUGAAACAAGAGGACCAUGGCACCAGCCGCAGUGACCAGGAGAAUGAGAAGCAGCCAAAAGAGCCAGUCCCCAGGGACAUGGAGGUUGCAGAAUGUGCACAACCUGUGUCCGUGCUGGUGCGCCAGCGUGGCUUCCAGUACAAGUUCAACCAGUGGCAGUUGCAGGAGCUGGAGCGGUUUUUCCAGCAAAAUCACUACAUCAGCGCAGAACUGAGAAAACAGCUGGCAAGAUGGAUAGGCGUGACUGAAACUAGAGUUCAGAAUUGGUUUAAGGGGAGGCGAGAACAAUACAAGAGAGAUCAGAAGCGUGUAGAGGUGCUUCUUUUCCGAAGACUGUGA